GACACUAGCACGCGUUUUUCGGCGGGCUCAGUAAAAAAGUGAGUUUGUGAGAAUAGUUAUUGUGCUUCAAUGAAUCUAUCGGUAGUUGCAUAAUUGAACCGUUUUAGACAUACUAUAUCGGUGAAUAAUCAAUUUCGUGCUAAGUCUACGCCAAUUGUGGGUGUUAUAUACCAAAGAAAAAGCAUAAUCCCUACUCAUUCAUAUUCAGCUCGCUGUGCGGACGACGUGAUGGUAUUACAAAUUGGAUGAAAUGUCUAUUAUAUAGGUGUGCAAUAUAAAAAUAAUAUAAACGAGCAAGUGUAUAUACCGGGUCUGUUGGCCAAAUUCAUGAUGGAAGCUCAUACAGGGGCGUGAUUUAAUUCGAACUACCAUUAUCGUACCCUAGAAGACCGAACAUAGCCGACUGUGGGCGGCAAUAGGUUGAACAGCAAAAGAUCCUCCCGGUUUAAAGGUCGAACAAGCAACAGACGGAUUUUCAACAAAGCGCGGCCUCAGUAACCUGUGAUCAACGAUUUUCAGUUUAGGUCGUGCGUAUCGGAAAAAAAUAUUGUAUUGCCUGCAAUCGUGCGAAGUCGUCGUUACUUUGAACGUGAACCAUGAACACCCUGUACCUCGUGUACGUGCCACAUACGGUCGAGUAUACACCUGCUGUCCAGUUUUCUACGCUCGAGUAUGCCACGGUGGAAAUCGUUAACGACAUCCGCAGUUCUAUGGGCGAUGACGAUCCUGUUGCGCCCGUCGAUCCCAUCGAUGGGAAUGCGGUCCAACAGCUGAAAUUGGCGAAGAGAAGGCACCGAAUGAAUACUUGCUUGAGUAAACCGACACUUGCAGAUUGUGGAGAAAGUCGUGUGGAUUUGAUGAUGGCCCAGAACUGGCUUGUCAAAGAUAGUUUCAUCACCACUGUUGAGACGGCCGCUUCUCACCAGAACAUAGAACUGCCACUACAUAAUUUAUAUCCACCGCUCGAGUCCUUCUGUUCGGAGCGCAUGUCAAAAAUCAACCCGGAUACGAUAAUAGAAGACUCUAUCUCGAGUAUCGAUGAAGGAAUAGGACUCAGCGCAACGGAUGAUUCCGGCGACGAUCAAAGUCUUCCCGAUAACAACAACAACAACAAGAGUGACACUCACAAUGACAAUAGCGAUUACCAUGGCCACGUGGUAGUCGAUUACAACGACAAUGACGACGACGAGGAGGAGGAAGAAACGGGCACCGUUGGAAGGGACAUUAAUUCAUCGCUUAUCAAGAACAAGAAAAAGCGGAAGGCUAGCUGCCAUAAAUCAUACAAAUGCGAAAUCUGUGAGGAGCUGUUUUCGAAGAAAAAACUGCUCCGGGAGCAUCUCGUUCUGCAACAUCCGGGGCAGAACUCGAACCGGUGUCACAUCUGCGGUAAGACGUUCAAGCUCCGGUCCAAUUUACGGCAGCAUUCGAGAAUCCACACUGGCGAGCGUCCGUUCCGAUGCGACAUCUGUGGGAAAACUUUCGUACAGGGAAGCGCGUUGACCGUACACAAAGAGCUCCACAAGGACAAAAAAGAGUACAAAUGUGAUGUGUGUAAAAAAGACUUCAAGUCAAAGUUUGCGUUCAAAAAGCACGAAAAAGUGCACAAAGGACUGAGGCCGUUUAUCUGUGAUGUAUGUGGGAAAUCGUUUACCCAAUCGUGCAAUCUUAAAGCUCACCUCCAACUCCACAGUGGAAAUCAUGCCUUCAAAUGUUCCACCUGUUUCAAAACAUUUCGUUUCAAAUCGCACUACGAGGACCAUUUAAUGACUCACACUAAGGACAAACAGUAUUCUUGUGCGAAAUGCGGACGCAAUUUUGCCUAUAAAAACUCCUACCAGCGUCAUAUGCAACACAUUCAUCGAGACGAGGCUCAGCAUCAGUGUAAUAUUUGUAGUAAAACUUUUGUUAAACUAAGCCACCUAACGUUCCACAAAAAGUCCCACCGCAAGGGUAGCUCGUUAAUAUGUGAAAUUUGCGGUUUGUUGUUCGGGAAGGAAAGUGCUCUAGCAAAUCACAACCAAACCGUGCAUCGGAACGUGGAGUUGAGGCCCUUUAAAUGUGUCAUAUGUAGCAAAUCCUUCGAGGAGGAAUACGAACUGACAACACACUUCAAACUGCACGAAGCCGACGACUGUCCCUUCCAGUGCGGGAUGUGUGGAAUUUUGAACCUUAGUCAGGCAUAAUUAGCAAAGGGAUACAGUUUUACACGCGCCCUCGUACUUUAUGCAUUCCUAGAUAAGCAAAAGGAAAAGUGUUGUGAUAUGUAUAAUAAAUAUAUAGGACUCUUGUGUUAUACACCAUUUAGAUUAGGAUAAGAUUAGUUUUAAUUAUGCGUUCCCGAAAAGAUCCCCAAGCAGCGAAUCUCUAUUGAAAGGAAACACAAGACAAAGAGUUGGAAAAUUCAGCUCUUGCGAGGCAAUAAUUUCAUAAAUUUAAAUUACAAUAAAAACCAUAUUAGUCAUAUCUGGAACCCGUA